CCAUCAAUUCACUGGUUUUUAGGAGUUUUCAACCUCGUUAACGGGACCCUCACUAUUUAUGACAGCUUGAUGGGUAUGCGAGAUUUGGAUAAAGGAAGAACGGAAGUGGUUUGCCACAUCAAUUUUGUUUUUGACCAUUGGCUUCGUUUGCAUGGUUACUAUGACAACAAACCUUUACCGUUCAAAUUUCCGUUUCAAACAGAAUAUGCAAAUGAUGUGCCACAACAGUCAGGACCAUUAGGGGACUGUGGGGUUUGGGUUUGUAUAUUUCUAGACCGGUUGAUUAACAAAAAACCGCUAAAUGAUGGUGAAAAAACAAGCAUAACGGCUACAAGGAUGAGGCGCCAUAUGUUGACACUUUUCUACAACUCGCUUAUUCCUAAAGAAUUAGUCAACGAGCUAGAAGAGGACGACCUCGAAUUUAUUCAAUGAUUUAUAUUAAUUUAAAUUAUAAACAU